UUCUGCAAUAUUUAAACAAUGCAGGUCCCGUAUGUGUGAUAAAACUGCGCAAGCGCAAACAAUAUUGGUCCCGUAUGUGAAUACUGUAGUAUCAUGGAUCUUUCGAAUUCCAAGGACGAAUUGUUGGCUAAAAUGCGACAAGAGUGCACGCAACUGUCACUUGAAUUAGAAAAGACGAAACGAGAAUGCUCACGUCUUCAACCCAUAGCUGCUGGAGAGACGACGUCAUUGCACGCUCUUGUCUAUCAAGAACAAAGACUAAAAGCAGAAUUGCAACUCUUGAAGGAACAACCUCCAGAAUCAUUAGUUAGAAUUAAGCAUGCAGGAGUGGUUGAAGCUGUGUUAUUGGACGAGCUACGGAGAACUAAUCGUGAGCUAGAAGAGUCUUUAGUGGCAAUUAGGGAAAGAAAGACAGAAUCGGAUGCUGAACUUAAGCGAUUGUCUCAACAUCUUACUGAGUUCAAAAACAUUCAUGGUCAUCUUGAAGCUCGAUGUAGUGAAGGGGAUUUAUCGAGCACGGAGGAUGCUCUAACAAGGGACCAGCAUCAAGAAGCGGUUGACAAGAAACGGAGAAAGGCUAAAGCAUAUUACAACUCUCUGUCAAAAGAAAUGGACGACUUUGUGUCUCAACAUUUUGGAAGUCCUACUGAUGAGGAGCAAUCACCGUCAAUUGCAAGAGCAAGGAACAGACAAGGAAAGAAGUCACUGAAGCAAUCUACACUUGACCUUGUAACAAGUACGAGGAAGGAAUAUAAAUCGAUGACUGAGAUGAUCGAUGAAUUGACUGAUGUGUGGCUGGAGUCUGCUCAUCAUCCUUACAAAGUUAUCCCUGAUGAUUACUGGCCGCCAUAUAUCAGACUUCUCCUCACUGCCGGCAUAGCACGACUCAAUCCCUCCAAUUCUAAUCAGAUACAGCUGGUACCUUGCUUUAGAUGACACAUUAGUGUGGUUUUAUCGACUGGAGUUUUGACAACUCUUGUAACUAUGUAUAUUUUCAUUGUAGGCAGGUUAUGAAAGAGUCUUUGGGCAUUUUAUCCAGAUGCAAUGUGAUUCCUUGUGCAGAA